UAGCCCGCCCUACUUAUUAUUCUGCCAUUUCUUUGCUGCCUUUUGCUUUUCGUUCAAUCUCCAUUCCAUCUCUCUCUCUCUCUCACACACACACACAUUAUCUUCACUUUUUGGAUGUUCACUGUAUUUGCAGGGUUCUACUUACUAUCUGUCUCCUGCUUCUUCUAGGGUUUUCUUCUUUCAACCACCUUCCCAGUAUAUAUCUCUCACACUUUAUAUAUAUACUCACAAAAUUCCAGUCGUCUUUCUUAGCUAAUGGAUGCAAAAGUUGUGAAUUGAAGCUUGAAGAAUGAAGGGAGACAGCUUGGGAAAUUCAACCGGGAAACCCACAGAUUAAAGGUUUUGUGCAUGUUAUAAGCAAUCUAGAUUGAUUAUAUUGAUCGAUCCGGACGAGAUGUCGUCUUCGAGCAGUAGCUAUUCCAACCCGCCAUGUGCCGCGUGCAAGUUCCUGAGGCGAAGAUGCCAGCCGGGCUGCGUCUUCGCGCCCUACUUCCCUCCAGAGGAGCCACAGAAGUUUGCGAACGUGCACAAAAUCUUCGGGGCGAGCAACGUGAGCAAACUCCUGAACGAAAUCCAGCCUCACCAGAGAGAAGACGCGGUGAACUCUCUGGCCUAUGAAGCCGAGGCGCGGCUCAAGGACCCCGUGUACGGGUGCGUUGGGGCUAUCUCGGUCCUCCAGAGGCAAGUCCUCCGGUUGCAGAAGGAGCUGGACGCGACCAACGCGGAUUUAAUGCGAUACGCUCGCAACGAAAUGUCCUCGUGCGGGCAUGGAUAUCACCCCACUCCAGAUGACAAUAACAACAUGAAUAGUUAUCAAAUGUAUAAUCAACAAAGGAGCAGCAGCAGCCAGUAUGGGAGAUCCGUUUAUGGCCAAUCUUAUGGAAUGCCCAAUUAUUCUUCUCAGUGGACUAACAGUUCUUCUGGAGACCAUAACCCAGAGGGUGAUUGAAUUAUAUUGUUCCGUGUAAGCUAAGCUUCUAUUUGGCUUAGGCAACUUAAUAACCUUAAUUAAGGUUAAAUAAGCUAAGCUAGCUAGGUAUGCAAAUUUACAUGCAUGUCUAAACUGGAUGGCAUCACUGCAGAGAUGAUGAACAAUAUAUAUAAUAUAAUAUGAUAUAUUGUUUCCGUAUGUAAUUAAUUAAAUGUAGCACCUCCACUUUUAAGGAGCUGAACUAAUCAGUUAUUGUAAUUGGUUGUGAA